CAGGGAGGCCGUACACGCUCAUGCCCUCACUCUUCUGCAAGAUAUGCACGGUGCUACAGGUGCACGACGAGAUGUCUAGACUCGAGACCCAGAGCUCUCCAGAGACGAGCGCGCUCAUCCUCCGACCAAAAGAGCGAACUUUAAGGAGUGGGAAAAUGUACAGCGAGCUGACUGGGAAGACGACGAGAUGAAAAGACAGUGGAACAUAGAAAUCCAAAGAGACUUGCGCCCAUAAUCCAAGGGAGAGAAACCAGGAAGGCAGAGGCAUUUCCAGCUAUAUGCGUGAGUGUGACUGUGCUCUUGUCAGAGCGUGUGUGAGGGCAUGAGAGAGACACAGAGAAAGAGAGAGAAAGGCGUUUGGAAGUAAGAGAAGAGAGGGAUUUUGCCAACCUGCCAAGGUCUUUGAUGUCACUUUUUUGCCUUGAGGAAGACCUGACCUCUAUCGCUCUGUGUGGAAAGUAACCUGGAAAAGCUCGAAUGGAAUAUAACGGAAAACUCCACUCUGUUAAACAGCUGGAGCAACACCUCUCCUGCUGCUCCUGUGUGACAGAAAGAAGAGACUGGAGAAAAGAAUGAAUGAAACAUCUGAUUUGUUUUUACUUACCAAAGUGAAGAGGAGAAAGAAGCUUGUUUACGAAGAACACUCCGACAACAGGAGGAAGAUUUCUACAUUUAUUCACAUUGUUUUAUCAGAGGGGAAGGCAAAAAACAGAGAGGAGAUAGUAGGAGAGGAGAUGAAAGGAAAGGGGGAGGAGAGAGUACAGAGCAAAGAGUAAAGCAGGACAGAAUAGAGAGACCAGAGUGGGGAGGAAGAGGAGGACGAAGAAGAGGAGUAGAAGUGGAGGCAAAAGAGGAGUAUAGAGGAGUAGACACGCUCCAGAUGGGACCCCAGCAUUAAUGAAAUGCUGGUUCAUGAAGUAUGAGCCUUGCUGACCUCUGGACAACACAACAAGCUCAACUCGCUGUGAAAUCAUGAGUGCUCCAACGACAGGAAGCCCAAAUGUGGAGGUGGAGGUGGGCUCCAAGGAAAUGGCAAUGAUCAGCAAUAUACUGGCAGCCUACACCUUUAUUGCAGACCAGCCUGAGAGGACAGCGCUGGUGUUUCUGGGCGGAGUCUGUGUUGGACUCCUUGUCACGCUCUGCGCCAUAGUCUUUCAAAUACACUGUCAAGCAGACUGUCACUAUGGCAAUAGUAAACAUGCUCACCGCCGCCAUAGACACCGGCAUCAUCACCGUCGCCAUCAUCACUGUCCACACCAUCAGCCCAUUGACAGUAACCCGGACAACAUGGCUGUGGUACCCUCUGGAGGGGUAGGGCCUGCAGCGGACAGUGAAUCAGAGGAAUGGGACGAGACCUCUGACCUGUCUGCACGGAGACGCAGACGCUUCGAGAGAGCUCUGCUGAACGCCACUAUGUUCACAUCAGCUGAGGAGCUGGACCGGGCCCAGCGGCUAGAGGAGCGUGAAAGGAUUCUCCGAGAGAUCUGGAUGAACGGCCAGCCAGACAUCAGCACAGUCACCCAGAGCCUCAACAGAUAUUACUGACACAGACACAAAACAGGCAGGAUGUGAGGAGGACAUGAAGAUGGGUAAAAGAUACAUCAAGGUGAACUAAUGGGACAAACACUGGAUGAAAUGAGCAGAAACUGAGUGCCAUGGAAAGAACAAGCUGUCCGUCGCCUCAUCUUUGUGAACAACAGCAGCAACAUGUGAGACCUUAUGGCUCAGUCAUCUAAGGCAGGAUGAUACAGGGGAAGAGGAAUGUCUUCAUGACCGGAAAAGACAACAAAUAAAGACACAACAGACAUACGAACUGCAGACUACAGUGCAAUACGUGACUACUGACAUGAAACUGAUGGUGAAAAACUGUACGAUGGAUUUUCUAUCUAUUUAACAGGUGCUUUAACAUGAAGCAAGUACAGGAAUUGUAGUGGAUGCAAUACUUCACAUAUUCAUGAAUCUAUUCAUUCAUAAAAAGGUGAAAAUGUGUUGUAACUUUUAUUUAGGUUACACAGAUUACACAGAACAAUCGAACAGACAAAACGGUUAGCAUAAUGCUAUGGUAGAUUUACUAUUGAUACUAUAAAAGGAUUGAAGAUGCGUCAAAACCUCUUCACCGUUUGUACAAAGUGAUGCCAACAUACUAUUUGGUGCAUUUUAGGCAUUUGCAGUCAGCACAGUAAGCAUCUGCUAUUGGAGCUGCAGUAUAUAACCAAAACACAUUUAAUUUACAGAUAAAGCAGCAAAGAUCCCUGAGGAGAGAAGUCUCUCAUCUAGUCUGCUUCUCUGGUGCUCACAGAAUUGCAGGACCCUGCAUUUGUCAACAGAGCGGUCAAUGGCAUUUUACCCCUUUUAUAGCAUUGAAUUAUCUAAGUGGGAAAACGAAUGAUCAGGAUAAAAAACUUACUUUAAUGAAACUAUGCCUGAGAAAAAUGAUUUGACUUGUAUUUUUAAUUUAUAGUUUUAUCCAUGUCCCAUCUGUUUAACAUGGAGGAGGCAAGGUUUAUGACAUAUACUGCAGCCAGUCAGUAGGGGGAACUCUAAAUCUUUUGGCUUUACUUUUUGGUACUGUCGUGUUGUCUAUCUUUUUAGACAGUAUAUGGAAUUCAUACAUACUGGUGCUAUUUCUGCUGUUAUUCAGCAUCUGUAGGUACAGUGAAUGCACACAAAUGGCUGUGGUUGUAAAGCCUGACAAAUCCUGUGGUUGUUGCACCAAAGGACAGCAGUCAUUGUGUUUAGGGGAUUAUACUGAAUUUGUUUGACUUGUGGUGAUGAGAUUAAAAAAAUGAAUAAACUUAUUUGUUUCUGUACAUGUUAUUGUGUUAAGUCCCUUAUUAAAAUGAAACA